AUGGACAGUGUGGGAAACCCUGAUAUUGACAGUGUGGGAAACCCUGACAUGGACAGUGUGGGAAACCCUGACAUUGAUAGUGUGGGAAACCCUGACAUGGACAGUGUGGGAAACCCUGAUAUUGACAGUGUGGGAAACCCUAACAAGGACCUUGUGGGAAACCCUGACAUGGACAGUGUGGGAAACCCUGACAUUGACAGUGUGGGAAACCCUGACAUGGACAGUGUGGGAAACCCUGACAUGGACAGUGUGGGAAACCCUGACAUGGACAGUAUGGGAAACCCUGACAUGGACAGUGUGGGAAACCCUGACAUGGACAGUGUGGGAAACCCUGACAUGGACAGUGUGGGAAACCCUGACAUGGACAGUGUGGGAAACCCUGACAUGACCUGGACAGUUGUGGGAAACCCUGACAUGGACAGUGUGGGAAACCCUGACAUGGACAGUGUGGGAAACCCUGACAUGGACAGUGUGGGAAACCCUGACAAGGACAGUGUGGGAAACCCUGACAUGGACAGUGUGGGAAACUCUGACAUUGACAGUGUGGGAAACCCUGACAUUGACAGUGUGGGAAACCCUGACAUGGACAGUGUGGGAAACCCUGACAUUGACAGUGUGGGAAACCCUGACAUUGACAGUGUGGGAAACCCUGACAUUGACAGUGUGGGAAACCCUGACAUUGACAGUGUGGGAAACCCUGACAUGGACAGUGUGGGAAACCCUGACAUUGACAGUGUGGGAAACUCUGACAUUGACAGUGUGGGAAACCCUGACAUGGACAGUGUGGGAAACUCUCAGAGGGAGAGGGAAGGAAACCCUGGAAUGGUCUGUUUGAGAUUAUUUUGA